GGGGAUGACUCACGGCCCAUCCCAUCUCCCCGACGCCGCCCGCCCGCGCAGAGCUCACUCCAUGGCUUAGCGGAGGAGGCGGUGGCGAGCGGGGGGAGGGGGACUCUUAUUUUGUUAGGGGGACCGGGCCGAGGCCCGACUGGCCGGCCUGGCAGGGCUCGCCCGGGGCCGGGCGUCAUGUCUCAUGCGGCCGAGCCAGCUCGGGACGGCGUAGAGGCCAGCGCAGAGGGCCCUCGAGCCGUGUUCGUGCUGUUGGAGGAGCGCAGGCCGGCCGACUCGGCCCAGCUGCUCAGCCUGAACUCUUUGCUUCCGGAGUCCGGGAUUGUUGCUGACAUUGAAUUAGAAAACAUCCUUGAUCCUGACAGCUUCUACGAGCUCAAAAGCCAACCCCUAUCACUUCGCUCAAGCCUCCCAAUAUCACUGCAGGCCACACCAGCCACCCCAGCUACACUCUCUGCAUCAUCUUCUGCAGGGGGCUCCAGGACCCCUGCCAUGUCGUCCUCUUCCUCCUCGCGGGUCUUGCUGCGGCAGCAGCUAAUGCGGGCCCAGGCCCAGGAGCAGGAGAGGCGUGAGCGCCGGGAACAGGCUGCAGCCUCUUCCUUCCCCAGUCCUGCACCUGCCUCUCCUGCCAUCUCUGUGGUCGGCGUCUCUGCUGGGGGCCACGCAUUGGGCCGCCCUCCCCCUGCUCAGGUGCCCAGGGAGGUGCUCAAGGUGCAAACCCAUCUGGAGAACCCAACGCGCUACCACCUGCAGCAGGCGCGCCGGCAGCAAGUGAAGCAGUACCUGUCCACCACCCUUGGGCCCAAGCUGGCUUCCCAGGCCCUCACCCCACCGCCGGGGGCUGCCAGUGCCCAGCCGCUCCCUGCCCCCGAGGCUGCCCACACUGCUGGCCCCACAGGCAGUGCUCCCAACAGCCCCAUGGCACUGCUCACCAUCGGGUCCAGCUCAGAAAAGGAGAUUGAUGAUGUCAUUGAUGAGAUCAUCAGCCUGGAGUCCAGUUACAACGAUGAGAUGCUCAGCUAUCUGCCCGGAGGCACCGCUGGGCUGCAGCUCCCCAGCACGCUGCCUGUGUCAGGGAAUCUGCUUGAUGUGUACAGUAGUCAGGGUGUGGCCACGCCAGCCAUCACCGUCAGCAACUCCUGCCCAGCUGAGCUGCCCAACAUCAAACGGGAGAUCUCUGAGACAGAGGCCAAGGCCCUUUUGAAGGAGCGACAGAAGAAAGACAAUCACAACCUCAUUGAGCGUCGCAGGCGAUUCAACAUUAACGACAGGAUCAAGGAGCUGGGCACCCUCAUCCCCAAGUCCAGUGACCCGGAGAUGCGCUGGAACAAGGGCACCAUCCUCAAAGCCUCUGUGGAUUACAUCCGCAAGUUGCAGAAGGAGCAACAGCGCUCCAAAGACCUGGAGAGCCGGCAGCGAUCCCUGGAGCAAGCCAACCGCAGCCUGCAGCUCCGAAUUCAGGAGCUAGAACUGCAGGCUCAGAUCCAUGGUCUGCCGGUACCUCCCACCCCAGGGCUGCUCUCCCUGGCCACAACUUCAGCCUCUGACAGCCUCAAGCCAGAGCAGCUGGACGUUGAGGAGGAGGGCAGGCCAGGCACAGCAACGUUUCAUGCAGGGGGGGGACCUGCCCAGGGUGCUCCCCAUCAGCAGCCCCCAGCGCCCCCCUCGGAUGCCCUUCUGGACCUGCACUUUCCCAGCGACCACCUGGGGGAUCUGGGGGACCCCUUCCACCUGGGGCUGGAGGACAUUCUGAUGGAGGAGGAGGAAGGGGUGGUGGGAGGACUGUCGGGGGGUGCCCUGUCCCCACUGCGGGCUGCCUCUGAUCCCCUGCUCUCUUCGGUAUCCCCCGCUGUCUCCAAGGCCAGCAGUCGCCGCAGUAGCUUCAGCAUGGAGGAGGAGUCCUGAUCAGGCCUCACCCCUCCCCUGGGACUUCCCCACCCAGGAAAGGAGGACAAGUCAGGAUGAGGCCCCGCCUUUUCCCCUACCCUCCCAUGAGACUGCCCUGCCCAGGUGUUCUGGGGGAAGAGAUGUGAUAAGGCCCCACCCCUGUAACCAGGCAAGGAGGAGGAGUCAGAUGAGGCCCUGCCCCUUUCCCACAGGACCUGCCAGCGCAGGUACUUCAGACAUGGAGAAGGCAGUGACAUCAGGGCCUGUCCCAUAGAGAUCACAGCCUCGCCCCUGCCCCGUGGGACCCACCCUUGCCCAGGUGAAGGAAGGAGACAGGAUGAGGUCGGCCCCUGUCCUCUAGGGACUGUCCUAGCCAGGUCUCUUGGGAUUAGGAGGUGUCAGGAUACUGCUCCAGCCCCUCUCUGGAAACCACCAGUCUAGUCCAUCCUGGCGAGGAAGAGGAGUCAAAAUAAUGGAGGUCCCACCCUCGAGGUUUAAGCCCCGCCUCUUCCCCAUGAGCCCUACCCUGCCCAGGCAGGAACAGAAGUGAGGAUGAGAGCCGGCCCCUUCACCUGGGAACUUAGUCCUGGCCCUCUGGCAGUGGAGGAGCCAGGCCCUGCCCCUUCCCUAUAGGAACAGCCCAGCGCAGGUGUUUUAGGUGUGGAGGAGUCAGUAAGAUCAGGCCACCGAGUGGAGAUACCAGCCCUUGUCCCUUAGCAACAUCCCAUCCCACCUGAGCAUUCCACACUGCAGGGAAGAGUGGUACUUAAGCUCCCCUGCCUUCACCUGGGACCAACGGGACUUAACCUAGGAGGACUCUGAGCCGACCUUGCCCUUGGAGAAGGGGGCAGAUCUUGGGGGCAGAUCUUGAAAUCUUGUGGAUUGACAUUCCAGACCUGGAUCAGGAGUUAGACCCGCGCUUGGGCAGAGUCUUGCCUCCUUGCCUGAAGGGCAGUUUGGGGAGGUGAUGGGGAUUAGGGGGUACUGAGUCCGGGUUCCCAGAACCAGCACCCCAGUACUCUUCUUCAACGUGUAGAGGAACAGGAUGAAGGAAAGGGCCUUUCUGGGGACUUCCUCAGCACAAGAAAAAGUGGAAGCCUGUCCCACCAAGGCAGAGGCUUGGAGGGAGGGUUGCAAAAGCAUAUGUACCCCCUCUUUUGUUUAUCUGAUUUUUUACUGACGCCCUACUCAGAAGCUGUCACCCCCGACCUCCAGCCUCCACCCAGUUCUCCAUUUGGAGGAAUCCUCCCCACUUCAGAGUUAUCAAGAGGCGUUCCCCACCCAUCCCCACCCCUCCUACCACAUAGACUCAAGGUCAUCAGCUUUGGAUUGUUGGGGUCAAGCCCCAAGGAGGGUGUACUGAGAGGUCUGUAGGUUUGUGAUUAAAAUAAUAAAUGCUAGGCGUGUUUGAUGCGCUUUUAACUUUGGCAAA